AUGAUUGAAGAAAAAGAGAGACCUUUGAAGUUUUUAUUUCUUGUGGCAAUAUUCAUUUUUGUCUUAAACCAAGUCAAUGCUUCAGAGAGGCCUGUGUUAUCUGAGGAUGCUAAACGAAUUAUUAGACAAUCGGAGAGCUCUCAGUAUGCAGACAUUCUAGCUCCUUUAUUCCGUGCUUUGCAGAGUUAUCGACUACGAAAUUUGGUCGAGUAUUACCUGGCCUUAGAAAAAGCUGCCAAGGAAACCCCAGAGAAAUUGAAAGGAGCUGGCUCUUUCCUCAUGAAAGUGUUUGGUGUUCUUGCUGGAAAAGGACCAAAACGCGUUGGAGCUUUAUAUGUUAUGUGCCAGCUGUUUAAAAUUUAUUUCAAGCUCGGGACAGUCCACUUAUGUCGCAGUGUGAUAAGAAGCAUUGAAACAGCUAGGAUUUUCGACUUUGAGGAGUUUCCUGUCAGGGAUAAGGUCACCUACAUGUAUUAUGCUGGUCGUUUAGAGUACAACAAUGUUGUGCUUGCUCUUAAGAGAGGUAAUCUGCUUAAAAGAGGUGAUCUGCGACUUCUAAGACAUGCCCUUGAAGAACAUGAAGACAGGUUCUUAAGAUCAGGUGUAUAUCUUCUCCUAGAGAAGUUGGAGCUCCAAGUUUACCAACGACUAAUAAAGAAAAUGUGGAGUGCAUCGUUUCAAUUCUAA